GUGUAGAACCUUUAACUUUUGACAUUCACAUUUCACUGAGAAAAUCGGUUUAUUGACAAACCAAAGUAAUUUCUAGAAAUUAUAAUUAAAGUUUAUUUUGCAAGAUCUACUUACUUCCUAUCGUAAUAGUCACUAGUAUAAUAAAACUAAGUAAAGAAUAUACCUACAAUAUGAAUAUCGGUCGAAAAGACGGUGGACCGGGUUAUGUUGGUAUACAAUUUUGUCAAGAAUGCAAUAACAUGCUUUACCCACGAGAAGAUAAAAACAACAAAGUCCUCCAGUACGCUUGUCGAAAUUGCGAUUAUAAACAACUGGCAGACUCAAAUUGUGUGUAUGUCAACAAAAUCAUGCACGAAGUAGAUGAACUAACACAUAUAAAUCCCGAUGUAGUAAGCGAUCCGACAUUACCCCGCACAAAAGAUCACGUCUGCCCGAAAUGUAAUCACAGGGAAGCUGUAUUCUUCCAAGGUCAAACGAGACGUGCAGAAGAAGAAAUGAGGCUGUAUUAUGUGUGCACCAGCUGCAAACACAGGUGGACGGAGUGAAAGAUCUUCAAUAGUUUCAAGUGUUGGUUAUAUAUCUUGAGACCACUUAGAAGUGAAAUUAAUUCCAUUUCCAUAAAUAAUAAAUUGCUAUUACUGUAAGCAGGGUUACUACAAAUAAAAUGCAAUAUGGUUUGA